AUUUGAGCGUUCAACGGUUGGCCAAAAAGUAACUACUCCGGUGCCCUGCCCUGCGGUAAAAUUGGUUCUGUCUCUCAGUGUGUUUUUAUUGAUUUCCGGAAGUGUGUUGCAAUUUGGAUAGAGAAGAAGUCGCACACAUUCAUCAUGCAACUGCAGCUGAUUGCGCUCUUUUGCAGCGCCCUGGCCCUGGCUCUGGUCGAGGCACAGAACUAUCCGCAACGCCUGAACAUUCCGGGGGCUUUGGUGACGCCUGGACAAGCGCCGCACCGCCAGACCGUGCUGCGUGUGCGCCGUCCAGGACAGUCACUGCGACAGACGAAUGCCAUCCUGCCGCCUGUUACACAGCGCAUAUCACAGCCCAUCGAGGAGAGGCCUGUCACGGAGGCUGCCGAGGAUGAGCAGCCGGAACCGUAUCUGCCAAAUCUUCUGCGAGAGCAGCAGCUGGCCCACUCCCAGCAGUCGCAGUUCCAGCAGGCGGCAGCAGCCUUCCUGAACGGUCAGCAGGCCAGCGAGUCGCCGUCGCCGGUGCAGCAGUUUCUGCAGCAAAACGAGGACUCACAGCCGACGGCCAUCCUGCCCGCUCCACCACGCUUCGCCGAUCGUCCAUCCAUUCCUGCGCCAGCAAAUCGACCCGCAGCCUUCAACGACUUUGGCAUCGGUCGCUUUGAGAACUCGCAGCGAUUCGGGCUGGAGCAGCGCCCUACGCCUACAGCAGCGGCCCCGCCACCACCUCAGCCGCAGCAGCAGCAACAGCGAGUGGCCGUGAUCCGCACGCGACCAGCCGCUGCCGUGCGCCCCGAGCCACCAGUGCAGCAGUUGCAGCAGGCAACUCGUCCCAGACCCAAGCCUGUGCAGCCGCGUCCCAUCAUCGACCAGAAUCAGCUGCAGGACGAGCGGUCGGAGAGGGAGCACCAGUACCAGCAGCAGCAGCAGCGUCCUAGGCGGCCAGUGGCCCAGACACUGCGCAAGUGGCGCGACGAGAACGAGGACGGCAGCAUCACCUGGGGCUACGAGAACGAUGAUGGAUCCUUCAAGGAGGAGCUCAUUGGCACCGACUGCAUCACCAAGGGAACGUAUGGCUACAUCGAUCCGGAUGGCAACAAACGGGAGUACAACUACGAAACGGGGAUCCGGUGCGAUCCCAAUGCCCGCGACAACGACGAGGAGCUGCAGGAGAACGGCUUCAUCAACUACGAGGAGAACCGGGCCGUGCUGCCGAAUGGUCUGGAGAUCGACAUGACGCAGCUGGGCAAAAAGAAGUCCAAGCGUCCCAGUAGCAUAUACAGGAACUAGGAGGUAUGCUCGCCCCCGCCUCCUCAUCACAGUAGCACCUUAAGUCAAAGCAGCUCUUAAGUCUCCGUCUUUUGUGUAUCCAUCGUAUAAUUACGUCCAUAUUUCAUUGAGUGUCAAGUGAAAGUGAAAUUAAAUGAUUAGCGUGUA